UCCACUUGAAAAUAAAAUUUUAAGAGAAAAAUAUAGGAUCAACCCAAAAGGAUUAUUGCUUUCUCGAAAUUUAUGUGAAAAUAGAAUAAAUUUAAAAUAUGAAUAAUAUAAUAAAAAGAUUUAGUCCAAGUCGUAAAAAUAGUAGAUCUGGACUAAGUGAUUUACCAGAAAUUAAGAUGCAAAUUAAUAAAACAAUUAAUCAAAUAUCUUUAGCUAGUUGGUUAGAUGAACAUGCUUAUACUAGAUCAAUUGAAAGUAUUUUACAAAAAGAUGGGAGUAUACGAUUAAUUGGAGAAAAAUUAGAAUAUUUACCAGAUCAAAUACUAUUAGUUUGUGGACCACUGACUACAUCAUUGAAUUUAAGUGAUAAUAAUUUUAGUGAUUUGACAUUUUUAUCACAUUUUGGAAAUUUACAUACAUUAAUUUUCAACAAAAAUUAUAAUUUAAAUGAAUUGACGUUACCUUACAUGCCCACAUUAAGAGCUUUAUGCUAUUUUUUAUGUUUUAGGCUCAACAACUGUGGAAUAUCAAAUAUAAUUAAAUGGGUUAAAAGAAUAAAAAUUCAGUGUCCUAAUCUUGUUGUUUUAUCAAUAUCAAAUCAAGGGAAUAUUGAAUCAGCAAUGACAUCGGAACAGUUACGUUUAAAAAUUAUUCAUUAUUUACCUAAUUUAUGUAUAUUGGAUAAUAUUGAGGUUACAAAAGAUGAAAUAUUUGAAGCAUUUCCACUUACAGAAAAUGUUUUUAAUCGUGUUGUUUCGAAAUUUCGUCGUAGUUGGGCACAUCAAUCAUCUCCAACAACCGAUAAACUGAUUUCAAAUUUCCACGAACUAUAAAUUUUAAACCUAAGAAGUUUUCAACCGUAUUUCGUAUGUUUAUGACUGAUUUUUAUUGAACUCAAGACUGCAGAGUCUGUAGGAUAUUUUUAUUAUGUAAAAAAUGUAUAUAAUUUAGGGUAAUAUUGUUUCGAAUAUAAAUAAUUAGUAUAUAAAUACAUAAUGUGUAUAGUAUAAC